GUAUAAUUCCUUUCGUGAUCGACGUAUGUAUAUACACAUAGGCGUAUCAUCUAUGCACGUUAUACGCAUAGAAUUGCACAGAACACGUGGAAUACCAUUGAACGAAGAGAUCUACGUUAAAAGCAACGUGAAUCGUGAAUCCCAAAGUACGGAUGUAACACGUUGAGACGUGUACAUUUCUUCGCAACCAGAGUGCGAGUUUCUUGCGCAUGCGACGAAACGUCGUUUCGCGCAAAGAUUGAGACUUUGAGCAGACAGGAAGAAACAUGAAAUUUCUUAAGAGAAUUUGAUCGAUCGGAACUUGGGACAAAAUUUCAGUGGUCGAAUGCUUGUAAAAGCCUUGUCCGUACAAAGGAAACUCGUCGUUUGUCCAUACGGUACUUGGCUGAAGAUCGCUUCCAAGAAGACCAAACCCUCAGCAUCCGAGGUGUUAACAAGUUAUCUCCUGCAAACGAACGAGCCACCAUGGACCUCGUACUUUGUCAAGUAUGCCGACGUUGUGAACGAUCAAAGAGGGAUGUCCCAUUUCAAUUGGCCAGUGGGCAACAGCAAUUAUCAUGUACUUAGAACCGGUUGCUUUCCAUACAUCAAAUAUCACUGCACCAAGAGGCCACGACAGGACCUCAGCGCCGAGGACAAAUUUUUCAAGGCGAUCAAGCUUCUGAACCUUGGUAUACCUACAUUAAUGUAUGGACUGGCUGCAAUUUUAUUGAUCAGACACCGAGAAAUCGUGAAUACGUCUCAAGGAUACGUAGCGAUAUAUUUCUUACUGCCCGAGGACAAAGGUUCCAUGUACUGAUAUACACGUAGAUGUACGCAUUGUAUUGUAUUUGUGUGAUUUUUGAUGUAAAUAAAACGUCAAAUGAAAAGACUAUAGAAUUUAACGUA